AGACGCGCACGGUCGGGUAUUUGUCCUGUCCGAGUCUCCGUCGUGCAAGCGCACGUUUAGUUGCUGUUAGGCGGCGCGCGCGAUAGAGGUGGCGUUGGGCAAGCGGCAGCAGCCUUGCUUCAUUCCUUCCUGACAUCCAAAAAAUAUAGAGGUUUAUCAAGUUCUGAUCCAAAAUUGUCAAAAAUGGCAUUCAAGAAGGAACUGACUAGCGAUCAGCGGUUUAGCCAUGUUACAAAGGACCCUAGGUUUUGGGAAAUGCCAGAAAAAGACCGCAAAAUCAAGAUUGACAAAAGAUUUCGGGCUAUGUUUCAUGACAAGAAGUUUAAGUUGAAAUAUACUAUUGAUAAAAGAGGCCGCCCUAUUAACCACAGCUCUACAGAGGAUCUGAAACGGUUUUAUGAUCUUUCAGAUUCAGACUCUGAUCUUUCAGGAGCUGACACCAAAGUAUUUGCUGGAAAGAAAAUGAAGAAAAAAAAGUCAAAAUCGAAAGGAGGAAUAGACUCUGGGAAACUGCUUGACAAACCUACUGAAGGGGAAAGCAAAAUAGUUAAUCAGGAAAUGGGCCACAAGUGUGGAGCUCCAUUGAAAUCUGAUGACUCCCAGAAUGGACAGAAAAGCAUCAUGAGGAUUGCCAGCUCAUGUAGCUCAAAGUUGAAAAAGGACUGUAAGAAAAUGAAUGUAGAAAUUGAUCCUACACAGGAUGAUAAAGGACUUGCAUGGAAAGGGAAAAAUAAACAAAUUGUCGUGAGCUCAGAUUCAUCUCUAAGCAAACAGGAGACUUCAAAAGCAAGUAGUACUAAAUCAGUCAAGGCUCCCAAAACAAAGUUUUCUUUAGAGGAAAAGAAAACUGAAUCAGAAUCCAAAGAUGACGGAGAAACAGGAGAGGAAGAGGAGUCGGAAGAUGACGGAGAAACAGGAGGGGAAGAGGAGUCGGAAGAUGACGGAGAAACAGGAGAGGAAGAUAGUGAUGAUGAUUCAGAAGAAGAUGAAAGUGACAGUGGGCCUGAUCUGGCUAGGGGGAAAGGAAAUAUUGAAACCAGUUCUGAAGAUGAAGAGGAAGAUGAUAUGUCUGAAAUAUUUCCAAAGGAGCCAGAGAUCGAGCAUGCCUGGAGAGAACUGCAUACGGAUGCUCCUCGUGCAGAUGAGAUAACAAGUAGAUUGGCAGUUUGCAACAUGGACUGGGAUAGGCUGAAGGCUAAAGACCUACUGGCUUUGCUUAAUUCUUUCAUACCCAAAGGGGGUGUUAUAUUUUCUGUAAAGAUUUAUCCUUCAGAGUUUGGAAAGCAGAGAUUGAAAGAGGAGGAGCUGCAAGGACCUGUAGAACUAUUAAGUCUUCCAGCGGAUGCCACAGAGAAAGAUUGGAUUUAUAGGGAAAAACUAAGGGAUUAUCAGUUCAAACGACUGAAAUACUUCUAUGCAGUGGUAGAAUGUGAUUCUCCUGAAACAGCCAAUAAAAUUUAUGAGGAGUGUGAUGGACUGGAAUUUGAAAGUAGCUGUUCUUUUGUAGAUCUCAGAUUUAUUCCAGAUGAUGUUACAUUUGAUGAUGAGCCAAAGGACAUAGCCUCAGAAGUGGAUGGAGCUGCAUAUAAACCAAAGUACUUCACAUCUGCUGCUAUGGGAACAUCAAAGGUAGAUAUUACAUGGGAUGAGACAGAUCAUGAAAGAAUAACUUCGCUACACAGAAAUUUUAAAAAAGAUGAACUUCUUGACAUGGAUUUCCAAGCUUAUUUGGCCUCAUCUAGUGAAGAGGAGGAAGAGCAACAAGGUGGUGAUGUAGCCCAGGAAACAGAAGAUGACAAACCCAAGAAAAGCCAGAAGGAUGAUGAAGAACAAAUUGCCAGAUACAGAGAACUCUUGCAGAGUAUCCAAGAAAAAGAGAAGAAACGGGAAGAAAAUGAUAUGGAAAUGGAGAUUAAAUGGGUUCCAGGACUGAAAGAAACUGCUGAAGAGAUGGUUAAAAGCAAGUUGGAAGGAAAGGAUAAACUAACUCCAUGGGAACAAUUUUUAGAAAACAAGAAAGAGAAAAGAAAACUGAAAAAGAAAAGAAAGGCUACUGCCAAAGAAGAAUUGAAUGAAGAUGAAUUUCCAUCUGACGUUGACUUGAAUGACCCAUACUUUGCUGAGGAACUUGGGAAAACAGGUUUAAAGAAAAUAUCAAAGAAAUUCAAGACAGAAGAAAGUGCCCCAGAAAAAGAAGCAGACACAGAAAAGCACAAGGCUGAAAUGGCACUCCUUAUGAUGGAUGAUGAGGAGGAUGACAGAAGACAUUUUAACUAUGAGAAGAUUGUAGAACAACAGAACCUGAGCAAGAAGAAAAAGAAACAACUAAUGAAAAAGGAGGAGUUGUUAGAAGAUGACUUUCAGGUGAAUGUUGCUGAUACAAGGUUUCAAGCACUGUAUACUUCCCACUUGUUUAAUUUGGAUCCUUCUGAUCCAAACUUCAAAAAGACAAAAGCAGUGGAAAAAAUUUUGGAGGAGAAAGCUCGCCGAAGAGAACAAAAGCAGCAGAAUCCUGCAAAACAGAUGCAGGAGAAUGAGAUUGGAAAGAAGGGAAACAUCACUAAGAAAUCUGUAGAUCCUGCUUUAUCAAUGCUAAUAAAAUCUAUCAAAAAUAAAACAGAACAAUUUCAAGCCAGAAAGAAACUGAAAAUAAAAUGAAGUCCAGUUGUUUGGCUUUCCUCAGUCCAGUCUGUACUCCUUGUAAAAUGGUAAAAUUCAUAAGAACUUUAUGGAUGUUGAAUCUCAAACUGUAAGGGUUUCUGAAGAAUUAGUGCCAGUGUUGGGGCUUGGGGGUGAACUAUAGACAACCGAUUGCAAUACAGUCUUUCCCCCUCCCACAACUACCUCCUUGGAAUAGUAUAUUUGUAAAAUAGUUCACAAACAGCAUGUUUGACAAAAUUAAUUUACCUGAAGCUGUUUUUCAUAACACCAUUUCAGUUAAAACUAAUAGAAAUGGUAAAGAUGACUACAAAGAACUUUCUUAGUUAUAGUAAUGGACACAUUUAUAAAUGAAUGUUUGACUUCAGGUCCUGAUAUGAUUUUUAGAUUUAAAAAAAACUUUGGAAUUUCAUAAUGGUGUUUUUAAUACUCCAUGAGUCUGAAAAUAGAAUGUUACUGAUGAAGAUAAUUUUAAUAUAACUGAAAGUGAAGACAGGUUGGAUGAAUUUUGUUUCUUAGUCAAGAGCUAUGUGGAUAACUUGUGAAAUAAUGAAUAAAAAUAUAUUGUAUUUUAUUAAUAAUACUUUUCACUUCUAUAAUCUUCUAAGGAUUCCAGAGCACUGCAGAAACAUUCAGUGAAAUUCUCUGAUUUAGGAGAGAUUCUCAUGUACAGCAGCGAAACUGAAAAAAUUAAGGUCAAACUUGAAUGCCCAAAGUUAGGUAUCAAAAUCCAUUUUUCGCCACCUCAAUAAGGUUGUGUCUAUUGGGCAUUUUCUUAAAUUUCUCCCAAUGUUGCAUUGCUGUUAGUGUAACUCUACUGACCGUUGCAAUGCUAGGAGUGCUAGUGUAGACAAGAUGUCCAAAACAGGCCUAUAUGACACAGUUAAAAACACCAGAGCAGAGCUAUGUUAGUGCUACCACUAGUGGAACAGUGGAAAAAUGUGUGAUAGAAGGGUAGCACAAAGGGCCUGUUUUUCAGAAGCGUUGAACUCAUUCCAUCCAGUGUGUCAUCCUGCUCUAGUUCUCUUUGCUGCAUCAACUCUGAUAAAAAUGCAGCCAGUUAAACUUUGUCAAAGAUAUUACAAAAUUGUAACAUAAAGCACUCAUUAGAACUGUGGGGCUGGAGAUGUUCCCGUAAUUGUGAACAAGCUCAUGAGCUUCUAUCUCCCUAAGCAGCUCUAUUUCUGUAAACUACUGGUAUAUUUAUCUAACCCUUUGCUUGGGCAUGAGAACCCUGAAUAGAGCAGCCAGGAGUGUUGCACUCUUGUUAAGAAGCUGCUUGAGAAGGCCCAUUGAUAGUAAAUUUAGUAGCAGAGCUGGUUGAUAAAAUGUUAAGGGUUGACUGGGGAAAAAAAACAAACACACACCAGCAGUGUACUCUAAAGGAGGUAAGUGCAUGAAAAUAGUUAAUUGCUGCUCCAUUAUAUAUAAAAAAAGAAAUUGGAAUGCAAAUAAAAUUUCACUAAAACAACUAUUAAAAGCAGUAAACCAAUCAAAAUGUCUUGCACACAUGAAGUAAAUACAGAUGGAUGUUCACUGAAGCAGAUGGUCCUUCAAUGUCAAAAUACUAACUUUUAGUAAAACCAGUUUUUAUGCAGACAGAUUAAGAAAAUGAGAGAAACCACAUAUUCAAUUGCAGGUAAUUAGUGUUAAAAACUGACGUGUACAGUGAGAAAUGUAAUGUGGAAAUAAAAACAGGUGAUUUCACAAGAGAGUUUGUAUAAAGGAGUUCUGGAAGUGAAGAGCCAAAAUUACAUUUUAUUGAUCACUUGUGCAGCUUUACUGGAAAGCCUCCAGAUUCACUUCUAAAAUAGCUCAACUGAAUGGUUGGACAAAUUAAUAGACCUUGACCUGUUGACCAGCUCAGGUGGUGCUACAGAACUUACCCACAGCAAACAAGCUCUUGAUACAUGGUUUGGAGCCAGCCAUCUGAGCUAGCCAGGGCUUCGCUACCUGCCGUCAGCAAAGAGAAAUAAACCCCACCAGAAUUGAGGACUUCAGUGUACACCAUGGACCAAUUUACUGAUGUUCAGCUGGACAUAGACUCAAAAUAAUCAAAAGGAAACAGGACAAUUUAUAGUAGAAUUUCCUGCAGAAAGUGCAGACUCGUGCAGCAGCCCAGCAGAAGUGGAGGUAGCUGCUAAAUGAAGAAGCUAUCAGCCAUGAGUGCUCUAAGUACAAAUCCACAUCUAAUAUGCAUGAUGGAAAAGUACCAGUGUCGCUUAUUCAGUAUGUGCAAUCUCCCCCUCUUGUGGUUGAUUUCUGAAUGUGCUUUAAAUUUACAUUGCUAAAUAAUACUCCAAUAAGCCGCUGCCGCAUAUAGCGGUUAUUCAACAGUAUAUAGAGGUUUUGUUUUAAUGCAUCUCAAUUGUCUCUUCAGCCUCCAGGUGUGAGUAAUUAAGGUUGUGAAAAGCUGCUGAAAACGUUAAAAAUUACCUCUAAAGACCAGGUCAUUGAGUUUGGCAUGGACAACUUUCACGUUGUGAAAUGUGCUGUUCUACACUAUAUGCAGCAAGGCUAUAGAUUACGUUAGAAGGUGGACAAUUGUAGAACACAUGGAAAGGGCUAAACAAACAAAAGAAAUGAAAAUGAGGCUGAAACCCCAGGACCAUUGAAAACAGUACAGAAACAAUGCACUGUGACAGGAUCAUUCCAGCAUUUUUGUGUAUUUAAAAAAAAAUGUUUCUGAAAAUACAGACACAAGUAUUUAGUUAAUGUAAGAAAUAUGAACUGCAAUGCUAUUUUAUUUUAUUAUAGUGGUUGAUGGCACAGGUAGGUGUCAAACUUGUUUGAGAAUUGUCAAUAUAUCAGUAAAAUGUGUUCAACUGAUACCUAUGUAUAUUCUGGCUAGGAAAACUAAAGUUCAGCGUCUCAUAUUAAUUGUGGGAAACAUGGAUUUUUAUGCUUUUUAUUCAGAUAAUGUUGUGACACAGCUAUUUUGGGUUCAUAUGGAUUCUACUUAUGUGUAUAGAUUUGCUAAUAAAUAGUAUGCACUCCCA